AUGAGGAGUCUGGCGAGAACAAGUGCCCUUUUAGGGACCUUUGUCGCGCGUUUAUCUGGGCGCCAAAAUAAGGAGAGUCAUGGAGGUGGUGAGGUUUUUCUGAGUGUGAAUACAGACGCUAGGCAGGGGAAUGUGUCGAGUCCGUUGCUUUAUGGGGCGAUGUUUGAGGAAAUGGAUCACUCCGGCGACGGCGGAAUCCAUGGCCAACUCCUCCGCAACAACGGCUUCCAAGGCUCCGAUCCCGACCUAACAGCCUACAAACCCAUUGGCGAUGUGAAUCUCUCCGUUGACCCUCUCCAUCCUGUCAGUGACGCCAUAAACGCGUCCCUACGGGUAACCAUUCCCAAUGAUGUGAGCGGAUUUGUGGGUUUUGCGAACACGGGAUACGCAGGUGUUCCCGUUACAAACGCUACGUAUCAGAACUCGUUCUGGAUGAUGGGGGAGUACAAUGGGACUGUGACAGUUCAGCUGGUUGGAUCAAGCAGUGGCGAUGUCUUUGUGACGCAUAAUUUGAGUGUAGAGAGUUCAGAAAAAGAGUUUAGGAGGUUUGAGACGAGCUUCAAUUCGACGAGGGCUGCAGAGGAUGGGGAUAAUGAGUGGAGGCUGUUGUUCGAUUGUGCGGUUGUUAAUGGGAGCUUCCUAAACAUUGGAUUGGUGGAAUUGUUUCCACCGACGUAUAAGGGGAGGGCUAAUGGCUUGCGCGAUGAUGUUGCCAAGUUCCUGGAGGCGAGUAAGCCUACAUUUUUGCGCAUGCCGGGGGGCAAUAACAUCGAGGGCCUUUCGAUUCCUAAGCGAUGGAUUUGGAAUAAUACCAUUGGCCCUACAGUUGAGCGGCCUGGACGAGAUGGUAAUUGGUUCUAUCCCAAUACGGAUGCCCUAGGUCUCGACGAAUACAUGUGGUGGUGCGAAGACAUGAACAUGACGGCCGUGCUGGCUGUUUGGGACGGCAAGUCGUAUGGCGGUAUUGUCUCCGGACCGGACUUGGGGCCUUUUGUUGAUGAUAUCAUGAACGAACUUGAGUACCUCCUCGGCCCCCCUAACUCCACCUGGGGCAGUCUUCGCGCAAAGAACGGCCGCAAAGACCCCUGGCCUCUACAAUACCUCGAAAUCGGCAACGAAGACGACUUCACAGGCGGCUGCGAGACCUAUCCCGAUCGCUUCACCCAGAUCUACAACGCCAUCAACUCGACAUACCCCGAUCUCAGCAUCAUCAUCUCGACGGGUGUGCAAAACUGUAUACCGUCACCAUUACCACCGGGCGUCAUGAUCGACCUUCACUACUACCAGUCACCGGAUCCGCUCGUUGGUUUAUUCAACCAGUUUGAUAAUUUCCCCCGCGAUCGACCGAUUAUCGUUGGAGAAUGGGGAUGUCGCAACACGACUGCUGAACGAGGACAGUUCUGGGGAUUUGUGCAGGGGAGUUGCGCUGAAGCGGUGCAUAUGAUUGGAUUUGAGAGGAAUAGCGAUAUUGUCAAGAUGACAGCUUAUGCGCCGUUGUUGCAGAAUUUCGCGUUUACGCAGUGGUCGCCAACUCUCUUCGGUUUCUCCUCAAACCCAAACUCCUUGACUCCGUCGACAUCAUAUUUCGUUCAGCAGAUGUUCGCCGGCAACAAAGGAACCUCAAUCCUUCCCGUCGACUCAACCACUGGUUUCGGACCAGUAUACUGGGUCGCAUCGCGGAACGAGACAGCCGUCCAACUGAAACUCGCCAAUUACGGCGCGGACAACCAGACUGUCAUCGCAAAUAUCCCGGACACGAGAUCAGGUACUCUGGAGAUAUUGGCAGGACCGCAAUUUGCGGGGAAUAAGCCGGGGGAUGUUAAUAUCGUGCCGAGAAGAGAGAGGAUUGUGAGUGAGGGAGGAACGGGUAAUUAUACAGUGGAGAUGCCGGCAUGGGGAGUUGCGGUCUUGGCUGUUGAGUGA